AUGACGUCAGUAGACUCUAUCCUCGCGGGCAAAUACCCAGCCAAGGCCCAUGCGCGUCGAGUCGCUGAGUCCCUCCAAACUCAACAUGGCGAAACAGGUGCCAUUUACCUAGAGGCGCAAAAAAGCCGGCUAAUUGAAGACAGUGACGAGGACAUGCCAUUCCGACAGCGUCGUCCAUUCUUCUACUUGACCGGUUGUCUCACGCCCAAUGCAUCAGUCGUCUACGACGUGAAGAAGGACGAGCUAACCCUGUUCAUCCCGCCCAUCGACCCCGACUCGGUCAUCUGGUCUGGCCUCCCUCUAUCAAUUGACGAAGCAAAGAAACUUUACGACGUUGACCACGUCAAGUAUACCACUGACGUCAAUGCCACCCUGGCCGCGAUCGCGACAAUCCAAGCUGGAAAGAAUCCUCUGUUCGUUAUUGAAGGUCAAGUUUCGCAGGACGUGAAGUUACCCAGCGGGUUCUCCGCUACUAACUUCUCCUCUUUGAAGGACGUUAUUGGUGAUGCCCGUGUCGUCAAGGAUGCAUACGAAGUCGCGCUGCUGCGGAAAGCGAAUGACAUUUCGGCUCAGGCUCACAUUGCCGUGAUCAAAGCAUCCAAGAUCGCGACUAACGAACGUGAACUCGAGGGUAUUUUCAUUAGUACUUGCAUUUCUCUCGGCUGCCGCGAACAGUCCUAUCACCCUAUUUUUGCGAGUGGUGGGAACGGCGCUACGCUCCACUAUGUCAAGAAUGAUGAGGCUUUGAUCGAUCCUGUGACAAAGCAACGGAAGAAUAAUCUGCUUAUUGACGCUGGUGGUGAAUACCAGACUUACUGUGCUGAUAUCACUCGUGUUAUUCCGUUGCAUGGCAAGUUCUCGACUGAGACGCGCCAGAUCUAUGAUAUUGUUCUGCAGAUGCAGAGUGAGUCUAUCGAUGUGCUGAAGGAGGGUGUGCUGUGGGACGAUGUUCAUGCUUUGGCGCACCGUGUUGCUAUCAGGGGUUUGCUGAAGCUUGGUAUUCUUCGUGGAACUGAGGAGGAACUGUUCGAGAAAAGGGUUAGUGUGGCUUUCUUCCCUCAUGGCCUUGGCCAUUAUCUUGGAAUGGAUACCCAUGAUACUGGUGGUAACCCCAACUACGAGGAUGAGGACAAGAUGUUCCGGUAUCUCCGUGUCAGGGGCAAGCUGCCUGCUGGCUCUGUGAUUACUGUUGAACCUGGAAUUUACUUUUGUCACUUCAUCAUUGAUCCGGUCUUGAAGGAUGCGUCAUUGAGCAAGUACAUUAAUGCUGAUGUGCUGGAGCGGUACUGGAGCGUUGGAGGUGUGCGCAUUGAGGACAAUGUCCACAUCCUAAAGGACGGUCAUGACAACCUGACAUCGGCUCCUAAGGCUCUUGAAGUGGUGGAAAGCUUGGUUGUUCAAUAA